AUGGCUCAUAUAUGUAUUCACUGGUUCCGCAAGGGGCUCAGGCUGCACGACAACCCAGCACUGAUAGCUGCUCUGAGAGACUGUAAGGAGCUGUACCCUGUUUUUAUCCUGGACCCUUAUGUCUAUAACGCUCGAGUGGGCCUGAACUACUGGAGGUUUCUCAUUGGAGCACUGAAAGACUUGGACUGCAGCCUGAGGAAACUCAACUCUAGGCUGUUCGUCCUGAAGGGGAAGCCUGAGGAUGUGUUCCCAGAACUCUUCAUAAAGUGGAAGGUAACACAGCUGACUUACGAGUACGACACAGAGCCCUACAGUCUGAGCCGCGACAAAACGGUGACCGCACUGGCCCAAAACCACGGAGUGCGUGUCAUCUACAAAAUUUCCCACACCCUUUAUGACAUAGACAGGUUAAUCGAGGAAAAUGACGGGAAACCUCCUCUUACCUACAAUCGUUUGCGAGAACUAGCCAAGAAGCUUGGCCCACCUAAAAAACCAAUCCCUUCUCCAACCUCCGCAGACAUGAAAGACAUUAAGACACCAUUCUCAGACAAACAUGAGGCGAAGUAUGGGAUUCCUACAUUAGAGGAGCUCGGCCUGAACACCACAUCUCUAGGAGAGGAGCUGUUUCCAGGAGGAGAACAGGAAGCUCUCAGGAGACUGGACGAGCACAUGAAACAAACGGGAUGGGUGUGCAGUUUUGAGAAGCCACAAACUUCCCCAAACUCUCUGAGCCCCAGCACCACUGUUCUCAGCCCAUACGUCACCUUUGGUUGCCUGUCAGCAAGAACCUUCUGGUGGAGAAUUGCAGAGGUCUAUCAGGGGAAAAAGCACUCAGAUCCUCCGGUUUCCCUUCAUGGUCAGCUGCUCUGGAGAGAGUUCUUCUACACUGCCAGUGUGGGGAUCCCAAAUUUUAACAAGAUGGAGGGCAACCCCGUGUGUACGCAGGUGGACUGGGACACAAAAGCCGAAUAUUUAGCUGCAUGGAGAGAGGCUCGCACUGGAUAUCCCUUCAUUGAUGCCAUCAUGACUCAGCUGAGACAGGAGGGCUGGAUACACCACUUGGCCAGACACGCUGUCGCUUGUUUCCUCACCAGAGGAGACCUGUGGAUCAGCUGGGAAGAAGGGCAGAAGGUCUUUGAGGAGCUCUUAUUGGAUGGCGACUGGGCUCUGAAUGCUGGAAACUGGCAGUGGCUGUCGGCAAGCACCUUUUUCCACCAGUUCUUCAGGGUUUACUCUCCCGUCGCAUUCGGCAAGAAGACAGACAAAUAUGGAGACUACAUUAAAAAGUACAUUCCUCGUCUGAAAAAGUACCCAGCGGAGUACAUUUAUGAGCCUUGGAAAGCCCCACGCUGUGUCCAACAGGCAGCAGGAUGCAUUGUGGGUAAAGACUACCCUUAUCCAAUUGUAAAGCAUGAAGUGGUCCACAAGAAAAACAUUCAGAGGAUGAAGGAAGCUUAUGCUAGGAGGUCACCAGCUCAGUCACCAGUGAAAAAACAAGGUGUGAAGCGCAGCACUCCAUCUAUUCUGGACAUGUUCCAGAAGAAAAGGAAAACAGAGUGACGGCACACAAGUAAAAGCUUCAACGAAAAUUAUUGACAAAGUGAUGAAUCCAUUUUUCAAACAAUCUUCCGUACGUUAUCUGAGUAGUCAGGUU